AUGAAACUGCAUACUAUAAUAAAAAGUGUUUACAGUGAGAAAGAGACUCAAAAACAAGUGCUGUGCAUUGUGCUAAAGAGACAGAGACUCAAUUUUAUCUUUCAUCAUGAAAGAAAACGAAAGGAAAUGUUACAAAUCACAUUAGCUGACCUUAAUUUGGAACAAAGGAAUGUCAUUCAACAUAUUACGGGUCCAUCAACUACUAAACAACCACUGUCUGAAAAUAUUCAGAAGACUAUAACUGUUCCAAAUGUAUUUGAGCCGGUUGCGGGUCCGUCAAAAUGUAUACAACCCUUGUGUGAGAAUGUGCAUUAUAAGACCAUUCCUGACAAAACUAGUGCUAUUCCUCAAGUAACUGAGAAUAUCAACCCUGUUGCUGCUGCAAAUCCAUCCACGAAAAACAAAAAGGAUAAAGAUAUGUUGAUAAAAAUGAAAUAUCAUCUGAGAAAAAUUAACAGGCUUCAAAAAACUGUAAAGCAUCUAAAGAAUGAAGCAUUUCUCAAAGUAUUGAGCAAAAAUGAUCAGUAA